AUGCCUCCUUCAGCCCGGACACGAGUAGUUAAUUCGGCAGAUUCUGAAGACGAGCUUGACGACACACGUACCGGGAGUCCUGAAACUGUGCCAUCAGCAGACGAAGCAGAAGCUCCUCUGUCUGACAACACGCAGACACGCCGGUAUGCCACUCGCGCAACGAACGAUCCACACCCCGCGCGUUCUGUGGGGCUUGGGAAGAAGUCACAAGGGGAGAUACGCAAGGAAGCGCAGCGAAAGCGGGACGAGAAGGAUGCCGAAUACAGUCGCAAGGAGGCUGACCUCAAGCAGCGGGAGCUUGUGAUGCAGGAGCGUGUACUCAAGUUGGCUGAGCUUGAGCGAUCUCUGAAAGCGCGUCGAGGUAAGAGUACAAUGGAGAAGCUUCUGGAGGACGAGGAGAUGUUCGAGAAGGAUGCGGUCGAAGAUCAAGACAUCAUCGCGCAAGCUACCUCCAGAUCGGACGAGGACGAAGACCAUGUUGAUGACCGUGAGCGGCAGAGCAAGCACGACUCAGACAAGGAGUCUUCCCAAGAAUCCUAUGGUUCUGAUGACGAGGCAGCUACUGGGGCGAAGAGGAAGCCUGGUAAAGCGAAGGCGCAGAAAUCAAGCAAGAAGAAGCGAAGGAUGAACAAGGAGAUCAGAGAGGAGAUGUUGGCUGAGAUUGAGAAGACGAAGAAGACGUUGGGUCCGGAGGAGACAGACUCGACCACACGCGUGCACUCCAAGGAAGUCAGGGCGGCGCUCAAGGCGGGCCGCUCGGACGUGUUCGACGGCGCGCAGGCGUGCGAAGCCAGGGAGGGCCUCGCGAAGGCCAUCGACUUCUUUGAGCGUGCCAAGGGGCAGCUCCCCGGCGGAGAGGAGAACGAUCAGGCGGAGGACGUGAGGCCGUUGUUGGCGGAGGCGCUGUUCACACUUGCGAAACUGACGCAGGAUGAGAACAAGCACGAGGAGCUGUAG